AUGGAGCGGGUCAGCGAAGCGGCGGCGGCGUCCUGCGGCGGCGGCGGGGCCGGGGGCGCCGGGACUGGGGCUCCGGGCCCAUCGGCGGGCUGCUACACGUACCAGGUGAGCCGGCACAGCACGGACAUGCUGCACAACCUGAACCAGCAGCGCAAGAACGGCGGCCGCUUCUGCGACGUGCUCCUGCGUGUGGGCGACGAGAGCUUUCCGGCCCACCGGGCCGUGCUGGCCGCCUGCAGCGAGUACUUCGAGUCGGUGUUCAGCGCCCAGCUGGCGGACGGCGGCGCGCCGGGGGGCCCCGAGGCCGGCCCGCAGGACGUGGCGGCGGGCGCGGCGGGGGGCGUGGGGCCCAGCCGCGAGCUGGAGAUGCACACCAUCAGCUCCAAGGUCUUCGGGGACAUCCUGGACUUCGCGUACACGUCGCGCAUCGUGGUGCGCCUCGAGAGCUUCCCCGAGCUCAUGACCGCCGCCAAGUUCCUGCUCAUGAGGUCCGUCAUCGAGAUCUGCCAGGAGGUCAUCAAGCAGUCCAACGUGCAGAUCCUGGUGCCCCCGGCCCGCGCCGACAUCAUGCUCUUCCGCCCCCCGGGGGCCGGCGACCUGGGCUUCCCCUUGGACAUGACCAACGGCGCAGGCCUGGGGCCCAGCGGCAACGGCAUCGCGGGCAGCAUGCCGCCGGAGGACGAGGCGGCGCGGGCCGCGGGAGCCGCCAUCGCGGGCCAGGCCUCCCUGCCCGUGCUCCCCGGGGUUGACCGCCUGCCCAUGGUGGCCGGCCCGCUGUCCCCGCAGCUGCUGGCUUCCCCGUUCCAGAACGUGGGCGGCAGCGCCCCGCCUCUGACAGGCAAGCGGGGCCGGGGCCGCCCCCGGAAGGCCAACCUGCUGGACUCGAUGAUGUUCGGCUCCCCCGGGGGGCUUCGAGAAGCCGGGAUCCUCCCGUGCGGCCUCUGCGGGAAGGUGUUCACCGACGCCAACCGCCUUCGGCAGCAUGAGGCCCAGCACGGGGUCACCAGCCUGCAGCUGGGUUACAUAGACAUCCCCCCGCAGAGGGUGGGCGAGAACGGGCUGCCCAUCCCCGAGGACCCCGACGGGCCCCGCAAGAGGAGCCGCACCAGGAAGCAGGUGGCCUGCGAGAUCUGCGGCAAGAUCUUCCGAGACGUAUACCACCUGAACCGGCACAAGCUCUCCCACUCCGGGGAGAAGCCCUACUCGUGCCCCGUGUGCGGCCUGCGCUUCAAACGGAAAGACAGGAUGUCCUAUCACGUCCGCUCCCACGACGGCUCCGUGGGCAAGCCGUACAUCUGCCAGAGCUGUGGGAAAGGCUUCUCCAGGCCGGAUCAUCUGAACGGACACAUCAAGCAGGUGCAUACGUCCGAAAGGCCUCACAAGUGUCAGACCUGUAACGCUUCCUUUGCCACCCGUGACCGCCUGCGCUCCCACCUGGCUUGCCAUGAAGACAAGGUACCCUGCCAGGUGUGCGGGAAGUACUUGCGGGCAGCAUACAUGGCGGAUCACCUGAAGAAGCACAGCGAAGGACCGAGCAACUUCUGCAGUAUCUGUAAUCGAGGUUUCUCCUCUGCCUCCUACUUAAAGGUCCAUGUUAAAACCCACCACGGUGUUCCCCUUCCCCAGGUCUCCAGGCGCCAGGAGCCCAUCCCGAAUGGGGGAGCAGCGUUCCACUGCGUCAGGACCUCUGGCACCACAGAAGGCCAGAAAUGCUCACAUCAGGACCCGAUUGAGAGCUCUGACUCCUACGGUGACCUCUCGGAUGCCAGCGACCUCAAGACCCCCGAGAAACAGAGCACCAACGGUUCCUUCUCUUGUGACAUGGCCGUCCCCAAAAACAAGAUGGAGCCUGACGGGGAGAAGAAGUACCCCUGCCCCGAGUGCGGGAGUUUCUUCCGAUCCAAGUCCUACUUGAACAAACACAUACAGAAGGUGCAUGUCCGGGCCCUCGGGGGGCCCUUGGGGGACCUGGGCCCCACUCUGGGCUCCCCCUUCUCUCCCCAGCAGAACAUGUCCCUCCUGGAGUCCUUCGGCUUUCAGAUCGUGCAGUCCGCAUUCGCUUCAUCGCUCGUGGACCCAGAGGUCGACCAGCAGCCGAUGGGGCCGGAGGGAAAGUGAGGUGGGCUCGUCCCCCGGAAGCAGCAGUGCGAUGCUGAGGAUGAGGAAGGAAGUGAUGUCAUUGGGUUCCGUAGCUGAGAGAUUUUUCUUCAUUUUUAAUCCCCAGACUCCCUCCCUCCACCCCCCCACCCCAUUCCUAAAAGCUCUGUAGAGGUAGCUUCUCAGACCGAAGCCGUACGGGACGUCUCUGCGGCCGAGGACGAGGGUUAGGACACGGGACAGCCAGACACUACAGACGUCUCCGAGGCCACACCUGGACCGGCUUCCCGUGGAGACUCCCCGUGGCGUCCCGGGGCCCUCUCCCCUGUCCUUCCCUCCAUCUUCCCCUCCCUGACCUCCCUCCUUCCACCCACGAAACCGCAGUAAGUUUUCCACCCACCUGCAAACACUGAUCAAUUCCCAGCUGUUCGGAAAGACUCCGGAAGCCUGUAGCAUCUAGCAGACCACGGUGCCACGAUCCUCUUCAGAGACUCUCAGAGAAGCUGGGCCGGGGGCUCCGAGAUUCCCGAGCCCCCCAACCCCGCCCCCCCCACCAGAGGCCGGGAGGCUCCAGCUGCCGAGGGCACCCAACAUCCCAAGCCAGUUCUCUUGGAACUUUGACCAUUCAACUUGCUGUCGGGUUUUAAUUCUCUGAUUAUUAUUAUUAUUGUUAUUAUUUUUAGGACCUGUUGUAGUGAAUUGCUACUGAAAGCCAGUCCAGGUGAUAUACAGAGCUCUUUUUAAGCAGCAGUCACAUUAGGGUUAGUAUUAAAAUUUUUUAGGCGUAUCAUAAAUAAUAACUUGGCUAGUUGAUGGUUUUAAGUCUAUGGAAGAAAUAGUUUUAUGCAAAAUUUUAAAAAAAUGCCAGUCUGGUUGGGGUUGUAGAAGUUUGGUUUCUAUCCGAGUACCCCAAAGAUAGUAGAAGCCAGGAGUUGGGGACACUGUACCACUCGUAUGUUGCGUUGAAAUAAACCCAGUUUUGCCGAGUGAUGUGAUUUGAUCUGAUCAGACUGUAUUAAAAAAGUUAGUAUGUUA